GGGGUCGUUACUGUAUCUGAUAAGUCUGAGAGGCUGCCAUCCAAUAGACCUUGCAGCACAGAGGCCUUGUUGCACAAAAAAAUAUGCACAGUCCAAAAUCUAAAUUUUAGUACCGUCCUGUUUGCAGGAUUCAUGUGUGUUCCAGUAGUUUUCCAUUAUGCAUCCUUCAACAGUAAAGUUGGUGUCCCCAUUACCAUUUCCUAUAGGUCCAGCGGUAUGACACAUGAAAUAUCCCUUAACGCUAUAGAAAUUUGGUAUUUUCUCAGAAAUUUCAUGCAUAAAGUAUACGCAUAAAGUAUACACUAUAGUGCACAAAGAUAUAUAUAAUUUUUAUUGUGCUACUGUAUAUGAGACAGAUUUUUCCUCGAUCAUGCAUUCAAAUUCUGAAGGUUACCUUGAAUCAGGUUAUUUUUAAGUAGCAUGAGGAGUCUCAUGCCUUGUCUGGGUACCGUGUCUGAGGUGACUUUAGUAGCCGGUGCUGCACAGGGUAGCUAGCGAACAACUAGAUACCUCCAGUAGACGUGAAAAGCGCUGCUCAAUGAGGAGCAGAGGAGUAUGUUUCGUUCUUUCCUUGCAGGCCUGUGUUUAGUCUCAUGUCUAUCAACACCGGCGAUUCUAGAAUCCCAGCUCCACUAGCAGUCAGACGUGAGCAGCUGAAAGACAUGCAAAGAGUAGGAAUCUGUGUUACCACCAAGCUGACUUCGGGAUACCUGCUCAGUGGCUGCCACUUCUCACGGGAAGGGUACGGUCUUGGUGGCACUGUGAAAUGCCUUGCAGCAAGAGCUAGUUUGCAAAGACCGUAUGACGAGCAGAUAAUGACACCAUUGCAAUUGGACGAAUGGGCAAUUCGCUCUGUCGACUUCGUACUAUUGAGCAAGCGAAAAAGUUGUCCUAGAGAAUCGAUUUCAGAAAAGUUGCACCCUAGAAACUAAAAGUAUUCUUUCUCCAGUAUCUCCAAAAACGAAAUGGAGAUACAGCGGUGUCUGGGUAUAUGUGUAUAUGUGACAUGUGUGACCUGAAGUCAAUCAAGUCGAUCUUUCAAGUACCCAGACAUUGUAUGUUUUAACUCUUGUGGAACCCAGAACCACAAGUAUUCCUUAAAACAAACUGAGAACAAAACUGCAAACUUAACCGUCGGAUUCUUAGUGAAGUGAAAUGUCUAUGCCCAUACAACAAGGAAUAAAAUGGUGCAACAUGUGUUGCCAUAAAACCACGGUUAUUACGCUCACCCGUUUUUAUCAUUUUAAAUGCUCAGCCAGCGGUGAGAUAAAAUCCAAAAAAUUUUUAUGGAUCAGCCUAUCAUAUGGUAUUAGAUUUUCACAUCAUAUGAAUGCUAAGAUAUAAGUACUAGCACAAUACGUACAUGUAUUACUAUAUCGGUGAACGAUCUAUGAAUUCAUUACUGCUAAUUCUAUUUUAUACUCACUACUGAUAUUCUAACUACUUGUCUCCUGGUCAUAGUCUCCUGGUCAUAGUGCUAGCGUCAGUUCAUCAGCGUCUGGCAUAAAGCUUGGGAGGUAUCCUACUAUCCCCACUCCUUCAUAGGCACAUAGGCACUGUCAUCACCAGAGGAGACAUCGCCAUUGCUGUCCUCAAGCUGUUCAAGCACAUCGGCACAAGUAAACAACCUAGCCAUAGCUUCGUGCGGUAAGAUGCUAAUGAAAUUUUAACAUAGCAACGUGGCUUGGAAAUUUCUAGACUAAAUUGCACGUGAUUCUACAGCUCUUCCUGUAUACAGGGAUGUGCGUAGUUCGAGCUACUUCCUAAGUAUCGCAGAAUUAAAAUUUCGCAAAAAAAGCGGGCCACGAUCGUGGCCCGUGGCGGUUAAAGCUACUAAUUAGCACUUUUUUGUGUAAUUAUUUAUCUAUUAACAAUCUGUUAUUCUAACAUUUUAUUCAUCAAUGCCUGUAAAACUUCGUAUUAUGUAUCUCCACGAAUCUCCCAAACCCAUUGGCGUUAUCACAACAAAUAUAAAAAAAUUAUAAAUACCUCAACACUUGAGUCGAAGGUUCACCAAUUACCUCCACAUUUUGUGCAUAUCAAAUAACAUUUGCAUGAUGUAGGUAGGUCAAGAAACCUCACAUUUUUGCUACAUUUUUGCCACACUAUAACCACGAAGCCAUGAAACUUCAACCAAAGGUUUAUCAAGUUAGUUUCGAGGAAAUCUGAGGGGGUAAUCCGAUUUUCGUGUUGAUCUCACAUGGAAUGACCCAAGAGCCUCUAAGUCAAGUCAAGUGGCGGCAUACGUGAAAAACAGUAGCAGUGAGGUGCAGGUAGGUGAUCUCUCGAAUCGCUUGGCUCACUCUGAUCGCUUGGUUCACUCUGUCGCUUGGUUCACUCUGAUCGAUUGCCUCUCUCGAAUCGCUUCAUCGAUUGCCUCUCUCUGAUCGACUCUCUGAUCGACUCGAAUCGCUUGGCGGUUGAGGGGUUGUGAUGUAGUGUAAUGGUUGCUGAACGAAGUUCGUCUCCUUCGUAUUCGUACGAUUGUAUUUCCAGAAUGGACUAAUACGGGGAAGUUCCAACUUUUUUGGUGCCUCUUCAAGAACGCUCUGGUGCAUGCCUUCAAAUUUUGGGACAUUUUCCCAGCUUUGGCUACACGGCUUUCGCGUUUCAUGACGGCCUUAUCCACUCGGAUUUCGGUCUAAAUGUCAGUGUGUUGAUAACAUUUUGUGGGUGUCAGUUUAUGUGUCGGUGGUCGGUGGCUAAUGGAAAUGAAAUGGUGGACAAGAGAGAUCAAGUGUAUAUUCACGAAAAGAAUUAAUUAUUCACUGCUUGUGUAGCCUAUCCGUGAUAAUUCAGAUUCUGAAUGUUCUGACUACAACUUCAUCGAACCACCAAAGAAAAUCAAAAAAGUAAGCAAUUGUGCCGUUAUUAAAUUGUGCCUGACAAUAAACUAAUGGGGAGAUACUUAGUUUGGCAAUUAGUUUGGUAUAUUGAAAAUGUGGUGACAAUAAUGUAUGUGUUGAUCACUAGACUAAAAAUGACGAUAUCAGGAAGGCAGAAGGUAAUAAUUAUUUUAAAACAAAACCGAUGCUAGUGGAGCAUGACGAUGCUCAUUUCACAAUUCGCCUUCCUGAUUCUACCAGGGUUAACUGUGCAUGGACAGCUACAUGCACUAAAAUUGCGAAAUCGGAUUCGUGCACUGUGCUCUGAACAAGAGCACAAUCCCUUUCUUAUGUGCUCAUUACCCUCCCACUGGUCACACUAACAAUGCGUUCUUAUGUACAUGUAUUACACAGGAAAAAUAUCUAAAUUUCCUAUACUCCUGUAGACUUUCCUUUCCUUGAUGAAUCUUACACAUGUCCUGAACUUCUUCAGGAAUAGUAAAGGAAACUGGAAACUAUACAGGAACUAUCCUUUGUAAGUAGGUUGCAGGACACCUUCAGGAAAUGUGCAGAUUUUAUGGGCUGCACUGUAGCAGGAAAUUUAAAUAUUUUCCCUGUGUUAUACGGGUUUACUCGGGAAAUAUUAAUCACAUUAGCUGCUAACAUUGAGACGAGGGAAUUAACGAGCACAACGGACGAUGUUGAAUGCUUCUUCAGCGUACUCACAAUGAAACAGGUAUAUACAUGGCAAAUAAUGGCAAAUAAUAAUGAAAUUACCCGCUAUCUGUACACAAACCAUACAGUAUAUACAAUUACUAUGCCUGGAGGAAAGUGUCAAUAGAAUUCAUGAAACGAUUGGAUCCAGACCUUCCAUUCUAUUACUACACCUCAAGCGAUCGGUUUUACGAAGGUCCAUUGCCAGGGUUUGAUGAACCGAGAACCGAGCACCGAGCACACAAACACAUGUUCGUCAACCGCCCCAGGAGAUUUCUAAUCUGGGAAGAAGACUCUCAGUUGCUACAAGAGGCCGAGGUUCUCUGAGGGCUACCGAACAUUCAUACUCUGCUGUUCAGUAACACUACUGUACAUUAUGCAUUCAAAAUACAUUUAAAACAGUCCCAAAUUCUUCUUUACAUAAUUAAUUUUCUUUACAUAAUUAAUGAACAUAUCUAGCACUAGCUGAUCAGACAACGGUGUAUGAGAUGCAGUGUAUAAUGCAGUGUAUGACCCAUUCAAAAGUUACUGACACUAUCUCUAUAGCAGCAUCAAGUACUUCUUCUACAACUCUUUGCCAUUCACCAUAGCUUUUUUGAAGCUAAACAUAACUGAAUGGGUAAGAUGAGGCAUUUGUGCUCGUUUCUAGGCUGUGUACCGUCAGACUCCUUAUCGGGUGAUUACAUGUUGUGGAUGAUUACAUGUCAAUCCCACUGCCACACAGUGUAAAUCCUCCAAGUGUGUUUAUUGACCUUUCAAAUUGCACUAUGACUAUAUGAUUUAUAUAUUAAAAAUCUGUCACAACCAUCCCUGUCCACAUACUGCCAUUUUACAUACUGCCAUUUUAAAUACCUAAGACGAACAGUAAACACUGGGAAACUAGUAUCUCUUUCUUUGUCAUUAUCAUAGGCUUCAGCUCUGUGUUCUGCCAUUGAACUGCUUGACUAGACUCCACCUCAUCAUGAAGUCGUCAUUGGAAUGUAAGGAAUUUAUAUUAACUCCUUCGUUACUACGAUAGGGCUGUGCUCUACAACUGUACCAAAUCUGUCAUAAGCUGGGGGCUGAAAGGAAUUACUUUGGUUAUUAACCAAAAGGUCACUGUCUCAUCAUGGUUAGACCAAAGAGUUAACUUAACUUUUCUCAACACUGUCCAAACCUAUUAUUUUAUCCUAAGUUUUUUGUCAAAUCCGGUAGACUGUGCUGUGCUGUCGACCUAGCGUUCAAUUGGAUACGGAUCGGUCUGGAAACGAGGCUAACUGCCAACGUGCAAUUUCAAGCAUGUAGAGUUUGGCAACAUGCAAGUUAGCUUUUGUACGACAACGAAGCUGUAACAGCCACUUUUUAAAACUAAUAACUUAAUAACUUGUUGUGUAUAUAGCCAUUAUAAUAAGAGUGCUUGUUCUCGAGGUAAACACCAAGCUGGUCUCAAGGUAAUGUAUAAUGUCUUAUAAUCUUUCAGGAAUCGCUACCAGCCUGUUGGUUGAAUAAUAAUAUAUUAAUAUUUAUUGGCGAUACAUCUUAAUUGCUUGGCCAAAUUGCACUUGCAUUGAGGUGCACAUUAAAUAGGGUGGACAAGUACAAGGGUUGGGGCUAAUUUUGCUUAGCCUCCUUCGCAGGCCUUCCUUUUUCAGUUAUAAUUUUGUUUCUGUUGUUUGUCACAAUGUUAACACCAUACGGGAAUAAUUGGAGGGAGCAAAGAAAGAAAAAAGGAAGCCACUAUAAGAAAAAGGAAGGCCUGCCUCGCUAAGUCUUGUGAUCCCCUACUGACGUAUACACAUUUUAAUGAGCGUGGGUGCAAGAAAACCUCAGCAUGACCGCAGUAGCUGUCCUCCCACACAGCACUGGAGCGCCUUUACCAGGAACUGCACACGUUGUUGUGAUGUUUUCUUCUGAAAGACUUCUUAGACAUCUCAGCAGAUAGAGUCUCACAAUGGUAUGCUUUAAUAUACCUACUAAGCUAGCUAAUAACUUAGAGUAGAUCUAGUUGGAAAAAGUGGUGUAGCUGAUGAAAAAAAGAUGAGAAAGCCACAAAAAAGUGAGUUGGUUUUUAUAUAAUAAACAUAGUGUAUAGCUAAAGUGUGUAUUGUUUCCCUGGAUAUGGCCUUACAAUCGGUGCGCCUCACAUAUAGAUGAUAAUUAAUAAUUAUAGCACCAAAUUCUAUAUAUAGUACAAAUUCAAAGAGUGCAACUGAGUGCAACUGCAGCAAAUCAAAGUACAGCUUAACUUGUUCUACCUAGGCUAGCAUGUCCAGUGAUUUAGCUAUAGAUAGAUCCAGCUGUAGUCUGAGGUCAAGAGUACAAGUACUUCCACUUUUCCACAUUGCGACCAGGACAGUUUGAAGCAGUUGAGCCUAUUCUACAAGGGAAGGACGUGUUUGUAAGAAUGGCAACAGGCUCGGGAAAUCAUUGUGUAUGUUCCUUCCUCCACUUAUCGUGAGCUUAGAGGCAGCAGCAGUAGUUGUCAGUCCUUUAAAUGGCUGGAACAACAAGUAGGUUGCCGGACGUACAGUUACAAAUAUUUUAUAAUUACAGCUAUUCAUGUUAGGUCAGUCAAUUGAAUAGUAUAGGGGUCAGUGCAACUAUAGCCACCAAGAGCAAUUAUGGCACUGCUGUUCAAGGAACGUACCGAUUUGGUGAGUUGUACAUAGUACUAAAAUAAACAAUCCACUUCAGUGUUUAUGUGCCUUGAGAUAGCUGUACAAACACCUUGGAGGGGAUUUUUUUCAACACCAUUUGCCAAGAAGCAUCUGGUCCUGUUAGCAGUUGAUGAGGCUCACUGUAUCACUGACUGGGGUGAAUCGUUCAGGCCUGCCUUUGAGAAGCUUGGUGGGUUGAGGGCUCUGACCAAUGUACCUUUUAUGGCUUUAACUGCGACUGCUUCAGCUGAGACACAGGACGUUAUUGUAAAGUCCCUCCAUUUAGUGAAUCCAGUAGUAGUCGCACAAUCUCUUGACCGGCCAAAUAUCUACAUGUCUGUCGGACCAAUAAAGGCCUUGACCAAAGACAUGGCUGGAGUGGCCAAAAUGCUACAGCGCACAAGUCCAAGUGACAUACCCAAGAUACUUCUGUUUGUUCAAACUAAGAACAUGGCGUGCAAGGUGUAUGGGUGUCUUAUCUCAGCUGCUUUCAGCAAUAGUUAUGUUGGGAUGUAUCACGCAUCGCUGACACACUUCACGAAGGAGAGGAUCAGAGCUGAUUUUCAGGGCAAUACAAAGCUUCGUUGCCUUGUUGCAACUGUUGCGUUUGGAAUGGGGAUGGACAUUGGGGAUAUCAGGCUGGUUAUAGUUUAUGGUGCCCCAGGUGGAGUUAAUGAAUUACAUCAGCUGUGUGGGCGUGCUGGACGUGACAGAUCUCCUGCCCGUGCCCAUGUCUUCUACAGUCCUAAGCAGAAGAAAAUCAACUCUUUUGUGAAAGAUUUUUGCACAGACACCGAGAACUGUAGGAGGAGGAGAUUGUUAAGGAUCUUAGGUAGCAGAGAGCUCGAGAGCACCAUAGCCUCAGCUGAUAGCCCCUGUUGUGAUGUAUGUAAUCCAGGAUUGCCAGAUCACAUAGCGUGCUUAGAACCCCUUCUACCACCACCUACAAGAACAAGACGCAAGCGUGUUAGAGUGGCAUCUUGUGAGCAAGAGAAAAAAUUGGUUGAAUUAUUGACAGAAGAGCGGGACAAUUUUUUAUCAAGUCACCCCUCUUUUUUAAUGAUAGGUGUUGAUUUUGUUCUCCCAUCAGCUUUAAUUCGUGCAAUAUGUCAAGAUGUGUCAUUUAUAACUUCAGUAGAGUACAUUAAAGAACAUUACAGUUUAAGACCUGAGUUGUGUGACAAGCUUUUUGCUGUAAUAGACAGUGUAGUGCCUGCCAAGAAGAGGCAACGUGUGUAAUUGAUUUUUAUCCCAUAAUAAUCACUCUCUUGUUAUAUUAUUAUGUUAUACAUUAUUUAAAUAUUUAAAAGUAUUGUGCAAACAUCACGCGUUCGCGCAAAACUAUGAUCAUGCAAUGCCUUCCGGGGAAACAAGUACUGAAAAUUUUAUGUACACAUUUAAAGAACAUAAGAAAUUUCGUAAUCUAUAUCUAAUUCUCUAUCACUGUUCAUGUAUGUAUAAUUAUAUGCUUUCUUCUUGUUCCAAUUUUUUAGAUAAAACGUCUUUCAGCCAAGUCGUCGUUGUCAGUUUCUUCCAACCCACAUCACUGUUGUCGAUGAAUGUUGGAGCAGUGCGGACUGAUAUUUCUUGUGUUGUUUGUUUCUCCAUUAGGUCUCUGGCCAUUUUCAAGACAUCUGUGCUGGCAUCUCGUACGGUGUGUGCUGUGGUCUGUCUUGCCGCUCGCUCCAAGCAUGGAAUCUGCCCGUUUGGCUGCUUCCAUUAGGAAUAGAACAGCCAAAGACACAUCCUCAUUCGGUUGUGAGUUGUGAUGUACGCUAUGUGCUUUGGGAACACGGCUGUCAGAUUAGAGAUGAGAUGAACUGCCUCUGUAGAAUAAUUUGUACACCCCUCGGCAAGAAAAUGUGGUAACCAGUAUUUCCAAUGCCUGACAACUUGUGAUCCGUUUUCCCACCGAAUCGCUUCGCUAAGGUCGACGUAGAGAAAUGCGUGGUGAAGACACGACCGAUGCAUCUUGAAUACAGGAUCAGUUGAAUGUUGUAUAGGCAUCAGUGUUUUGGUGACUAACUUCUCAGCCAUUUCUUGCAACCAGCCGUACGUAACACAGUGAGAAAUCUUAUCAUCGACGGACUUGAUUUUCAGGUGUGUCAUAAUGCUGGAGAUAAGAUGACCUUUAAAGGCGUGCAUAAGAAAUUCAUCACCGACAUUAAACACUUUGACACCCUUAUCGACACUAGUUCGUCGAAUCACCUCACGUAGAUUACACAACGAUCCAGACUGGGCAGGAGUUCCCCAAAACUUAGUCAUAAGAAUACGGAGGAAGUCACCUGAUGAAUUAAAAAGGUUUGUGCACUAACCUGAGGAGCGCCAUCAGUCAAGUCUGCAUCUACUGCUAGUUGAGCAAGGAUGUCGAUGGUUUCCGCUGUGUACUUCUCAUCUUUGAAAAGAACUUUCAUAGGUACAACUUCAGAUGGAUGUUUUGGAUGAUGUGUCUCCUCUGGAAUGAAACCUCGUAGGUCAGCAAGGCUGCUGAACUCUUUCACUAAGAAGCGCACCAUGUACCUGACAGCUCUUGUCUUCAACUCCUUUGCGUCAUCUUCACUCGGUAGAAAAUCAGACGGUGUGAGUGAUUCAAUCGAGCGUUGUGGUGUAGUAUCACUCCAUUCAAAUGGCCAAUCUGGAAGAUUUUUGAUACGCACAGCUAUGCGUGAUGUGAUGUUCAGCAUGCUAGAGUGAUAAUCUGUAGAAGUACCUGGGAGUUUGUGGACCUAGCCACCAGCAUGAAGCUAAUCAGCAAUUGGAGACCGAGCACCCUUCUUGUCCUGCUUCUCAUGAGUGUUCACAUAGCUACCACCACCUUGCCGUUUUGUGUAGGGGCCACCUCAUCGGCACCAGUCGUCUGGACAUCACCAAGAGCCUUAAGAAGUUGAAGUACAUCUGGAGCAUACUGUUCAAAUUCCUUGAGAAGUUGGUCCAUCGUAAACUCUUGGAAGUGACGAAUUGUCAGGUCCAUGAGAGGCAGAGUGGGAGGAGGUUGUUAAUGUGUUAAUUUGCCUGACUAGCGAUCUUUGAUUGGCUUGCUCUAGUUCACUAACCCUAUCUUCCAGCGCUUUCACUUGUUGCCUAAGUUGGCUGUUUGUAUCAAUCGAUCUCUUGAGUUGUUCUGCGGAAUUGUCGUCUGGUCUUUCGGCUCAAUACCAACUAUGUGUGCCUUGCGGCUAUGUGUGCCUUGCGGCUUUUUCCGAAACGUUUUGAAAAGGAUUGAGGGAAAACAGACGUGAUAGUAUCUGAGACCAUUUGGAAGCUAAAAUUUUGUUCGUGGAAAAGCUGAGCUGAUAUCAUUGUACACAUCCUCAAACUUCACUCGUUUCGCUGGGGGCCCUUCCGAUGGUGAUUCGUUGUAGUGUGCCUUGAGCCACUCUUCUUGUGUAAUUUUUUCCAUUAUUGUCUGUGAUUGGUUUGCUGUGUCACUGACAUCAUUGUUACUAUUUUGGUACAGUUUUAUGUUUUUUCCCAUAUCUAGACUAUAAUGGCAUAGUCAUUGCUAAAUGUCA